AUGGAUAAACUCAACAAAUGGGUUAUACCCUCAGUUCCUUCUAAUCAAAUUUAUAGAUUUACUAAGAUAGAUGUUUUUGCUCGUUUUGCUGUUAAAACUUUAGAGCAAACGAUUCAAAUUUCUAAAGAAACUCAGACAAUAAAACUGUUAACUAAAAAAGAUUUGAAACCUUUUAAAAAUUAUAAUUUUAUCCAUAUUGGAUUGGUUCAAAUUGCUUUAAAACCUUUAACAUUAUUGGGUUUAAAUUCUAGCAUAAUGGCUUAUGUUAGAGAUGGUAGAUGUAAAGAUUUCAAACAAUCUUUAGCUGCUAUGGUUGAGACAAGUUUGUGUCAUGGACCAGUUUACUUUGAUGUCUCACCUAAUUUAAAUCUAUCUUUAUCUGAUAAAAAUUUAUUAGAUGCUAUGCAAUUAACAGUUCAUACUAAUGGUUAUAAUUUUAAACUGGGAAGUGAAAUUAUAGCAAUAUGCUAUAGAAUCUACUAUAAGGUUCUUACUACGCUUAAUCCUAAAGCAAAGCAUUUAUCAUUUCCUGGAACCACUACUUUGGUUCAAACAAAUUUACUAACAUCCAAUGUUGCAACCAAUAGGUUAAUAAAGUGGGAUGAAAUAAACUUCCCAGAGACAUGGUCUCUCCCCCAGGAAAUAGAUCCUGAACCUAUCCUUAAUAGGGAUAUAGACCAAAUUAUUCAGACUAUUGAAGGAGAUUUAGAAAUAAAUUUCACUUCAAAAAGAAUAACUAGAAUACCCAGGUCCCUAUCUGCUAGGCACUCAGUUAGUGAAUUUUACACAGCUCCUAGCCAAUUACCUAGACCUUCUACUUCUCAAAUAAGAGAAGAAAUAGAGGUCUCGUUGAGAAUAUAA